AUGAUCCUACAGGGCAAGUUCUACGAGCUGUACGAGGUGGACGCUGAGGUGGGCCACAAGGAGCUCGACUGGAAGCUCACUGUCAGCGGCGUCGGCAAGUGCCGCCAGGUGGGAGUGCCCGAGAGUGGCAUAGAGGACGCCGUUCAGAAGCUCGUAGCCAGAGGCUACAAGGUGGGGCGCAUGGAGCAGCUGGAGAGCAGCGAGGAGGCCAAGGCGAAGAGGGGGCCAGGAGCGAUGGUGCAGCGCCAGCUCAUGCAGAUACUCUCCCCAGCAACCCUCACAGAGGGGUCGCUUAGGCCCGAAGCCGUGCAUUUGCUGGCAAUCAAAGAGCUGACAGCCCUGGCACCAGGCUCGGAGUUUCCAGAACCUAAAGCAGCGGUAGCUCGGCUAAAAUCAUAUGGCUUCGGAACCGCGCAAGAUUCCCCAGAGAAAGAGCCAUCCCAUGGGAGGGGGGCGGAUUCUCUAGUGCGGUUGCUGGUGGGAGGGGCAGAGGAGGAAGCAGAGGUAGCAGCAGCAGCUCUUGUGGCAUUGGGAAGCCAUCUGGAGCGACUCAAGUGGAGCCCGGCUGUGCUCGCCUCGCUCGCCCUGCGCCCCUACUCCGUCUUCUCGGGUUCGCUGCGUCUGGACGGCCAGACUCUCAGCAACCUGGAGCUGCUCAGCAACACGCACAAUGGCAGCACGCAGGGCACACUUCUGGGCUUUCUGGAUACAUGUGCCACGUCAGCAGGCAAGCGCCUUCUCCGCCGUUGGAUCUGCCACCCGCUGCGCUCCAUCCGUGAGAUCGAGCGCCGGCUGGACGCCGUCGAUGAGCUGGCGGGCUCGUCGCUCGCCACGUCAGCACUCUCAUCCGCCACGUCAGCAGCACACGCGCGGGGAGAAAUCCGGGCGGCGAUGAGGCGGUUGCCGGAUCUGGAGCGCCUGAUUGGUCGAAUGAGAUUGAUGGGGGCACAGGCUAAAGGCGGGGGAGGAGGGGGUGGAGAGGGAGAAGUUGGAAAUGAAGGGAAUUGGGCGAGGGCCAGAGGGAGGGUGGAUGGGAGAGGAGGGUCAGGAGGAGGGGAUGUGGAAUGGGGGGGGUUAAGUGGUGCUUUGGAGGCGUUGCCUGGACCAAUGGCGGAACAGCUGCUGAGAAAGCAGGUCUCCCAGUUCUGUGCUGCAGUGCGAGGGGUGCGAGCAGCCCUGCUCUUCCUCGACUCCCUCCGCACUGGAACUCUCACUGGAGAGCCCGUCGCCUUCCGUUCUGCCAUCCUACGGGGAGGGAGCACGUUCCAUGCGCGGGGCCUGUGGCACCCGUUUGCUGUGGGCGCCGGUGGUGGUGUGGUGGUUCCCAACGACCUGCUCCUGGGGGGCGCGCCUGACAGCUCCUUAUCAGGAAUAUCACAACCAGCCGCAGAAGCAGGAGUGCAUGCGCGUACAAUGCUGCUGACAGGGCCCAACAUGGGGGGGAAGUCCACUCUGCUACGCGCUACCUGUGUCGCUGUCAUCAUGGCUCAGAUGGGAUGCUACACGCCCUGCUCCUCCCUCGUGCUCUCCCCUGCUGACGUCAUCUUCACAAGACUCGGCGCAUCUGAUCGAAUCAUCUCCGGGGAGAGUACGUUCAUGGUGGAGUGCAGGGAGGCAGCAGCAGUACUGCGGUGUGCCACAAAGGACUCUCUUGUCAUUCUGGACGAGCUGGGCAGGGGCACGUCCACCUUCGAUGGAUACGCCAUCGCACAUGCGGUGUUGAACUACCUCACCUCGCGCCUUGACUGCCGGCUUCUAUUCGCCACACACUACCAUCCCCUCACAUCCGAGUUUGCGGGCCAUCCACAAAUCAUGCUGCGACACAUGGCAUGCCAAGUGCAGGCACACAAGGGCGGCGAUGGGGAAGAGGACGAAGAGCUUGUCUUCUUGUACAAGUUGCAAUCUGGUGCCUGUCCGAAAAGCUAUGGGUUAAAAGUAGCUUCUAUGGCUGGGAUUCCAUCUCGCGUGGUGGCGAAUGCAGCACGAGCAGCUUCGGCUCUUGAGCAUGAGCUGAGCGAUAAGUUUGACAAUCCCGAGCCGAUUGCAGCAAGCACAUUGCUUGAUCUGGAGCGUUCAUGGGUGCACACGCUGCAAGGAGUCACUGCCUCUGGUGCUUGCAGUGGCGAAGUGCCUGAUGAGGAUAUGUUUGAGACCCUUGCAAUUGCGAGUACUCUCUAUGGACUAUGGGAGUCGAGCCCUGAAGUUCCGUCCAUGCCACUGGUUGACUUGAGACUUGCACUGGCAUUGCUCCCGUCUCUCCUUUUUGGAGUUGGAAUUGGAGUUCUAAUCAGCCCAACUCUUCCUCACUGGAUUCAGCUACUCGGGUUACUGAUUCUGCUUCUUUUCGUUGUACAUAAGACGUAUGCACGAGCACGAAGGUCAUGGAAGAAAGAGUCAGAAAGAAAGAGGGUUGCACAUACUGCUGCUGCCGAGGGACUUCUGCCUGUGUCAUUUGUGAUCCCAGACGAAUCGGGCCAGCAGCAAGUUAUGUUUGACGUUCCAGAAUCAUGUGAGGGAGCGAAUUUCCUUUCAGUGGUUGGAUGUGAGAUUUCGCAGUUCUUCAACCGCCACUGGAAGUGGAUGCAGCAUUAUUUGAGCGAUUCAGGAAAUCAGCUUUUUUCGCACAUCCACCAGGUGGCAAUGCCAUUUCUCUACACGCUUGUUCUUUGGUCUCUUUUCAUGGCUGUUCAGUGGGGUCUUAGUCAAGCUAGCCGCUGCUCCUCGUCCUUCUUCCAGCUGUGGGGGUCGCAGCUAUUCGUCUGCAUUGCUGCUGCAGUUAGCACUGUUCAAGGACAGCUGCGCAUGCACCCUACAACAUGCAGGCCUACGUCUCUGAGCCCAAACCUUGUUCGACUUUUCUCAUCAGGCUCCCGCAUUUCCCGCUUUUUUAAGAUCUCAGUGAUCAUGGCAUGUGCUGGAGCUAUGGCUGGGAUGGUGGGCAUUGGAGGAGCACUUAUUUUCAACCCAUAUCUCCUUAGUCUCGGCCUUCACCCACAGAUCUUGGCCUCGACAAGUGUUUUCAUGAUCCUUUUCAGCAGCAGUGCCAUCAGCAUCUCGUUCUUCUUCCAUGGUUUUCUGAACACUAGCUAUGCAGCUGUGUUUGCUCCUGUGGCAUUCCUUGGGUCGCUAGUUGGAGUCUUCGUUGUUGGGAAAAUUGUGAGAAACACAGGUCGUUCAUCCAUUAUUAUCUUCAUUCUGGCCAUCUUGAUUGGUCUAGGAGGAGUUUUGGUAACCAUUACCGAAGCGCACGACCUUGAUCUAAAACGCAAAUUCGCGGAAAUCCCGAACCGCUAUGACUUGGACUCUCCAACGACCAAGCGCCUUCGCGGCGUGCGGCAACGCUCGUGGGGCAAGUGGGUUUGCGAGAUCCGCGAGCCGCGCACGCGCGCGCGCGUCUGGCUGGGAUCGUACAGCACCGCGGAGGAGGCCGCGCGCGUCUACGACACCGCCGCACUGAUGCUGCACGGCGCGAGCGGCGCGGAGCGCCGACUCAACUUCCCCGAGGCUCUUCAAGCGGACGGGGGAAUCCGCCCUGUUAUAGUGUCGCGCACUAUAGCGGAAGGUCUGCUCCGCGUCGUCAACGCUCUGACACUUUCGCAGCAGUCGGCACAGUCGCCAUCCCAACAAGAAGAUUCGAGCAAUCCAUCCUGUACUAGUGAUAUGAUGGUUGAUGCCUCUACCGCUGCUGGGGGAACCAGUGCCAGCCGCUCUACUGGCGCCACCGCAUCUGUCCCCACGGUUCACGCUAGCCCCACGUUUACCGGCGAGUGGGUGCGGCUCGAGGUUUCCGGCUCCAACGUCGUCUUCUCCGAUUGCGCGAGCCCUGGGAUCGCUACCACCGCCAUUCCCGCCGCCGGUCGCGGCGGCGUCUUUCCAGACGCGUCGUCCGUCAAAUCCCCGACGGCGAACGGCCAGAUCUCGCCGAAACGCGCCGUCCCCGCUCCAUAUGCCACCGCCGCCGCCGAUCCAAGCGCCGCCGCUGGCGUGUCUGGCGUUGCGUCAACAACCGCGUCGCAAGUUGCGCCCGAGAUGGAUUUCGUCAGCAGCCGCGUCGCGGCGCCUGCAGGUUCCUUCUCCGCUGCCCUCUCGCUCUUCUCCGACGCGCCUCCCACCUUUUCCGCCGGUCCCCCAAUAAUCGUGCCCUCCCGCCGUUCCUCCGCCCUAUCUCUCCCCGGAAGCCCUAUGAGCGGAAUGGGGCACAGCCCGACGCGCUUCCUCUCCCCCGCCCGCUCGCCGCUGCACUCCCCGCAGUUCCCCGGCCCGUCGUUUGGCGGCUCCCGCGCCUUCCCCGCAACCACCGCCCCUUCCUCCCCGCGCGCGACUAGCGCCUCAGCUUCUUCCGUAAUGCCCGCGUUCGCGGCUUCCGCCGCUCCCGCCGCUUCCGCCGAUUACGCUGGCGGGGCGGAUCUCUCUCGCGCACUGCUCGCGCACCCCACCUUCGCGCACCUAUGCGCGCAACUGUCCCCCGAGCCCACCGAGAUCCUCGCUGCUGAUGAUAUCCCAGCUUCCACUGCGGGUCAGAUGACCACUGGUAAUUCCGCCAUAGACUUCCCUCCCGUAUCUUCAACAGCUGCUUCCGCAUCCCCUGCUCUCGCUGCUUCCCCCGCUUUCCCCCCCAGCAACAACAGCAGCAAUUCCGCAGUUCCAGUUUCCGACAGCGCGUGCAUGGAGUACACCUCUUUCGCCCCGUUUUUCACUGAGCUGGCACAGGAGGACAGCGAUAUUGUUAACUGCAGAUCUAGUAACGCGGAUAGAAACAGCAUGGACACGUCAUCUCCUACAGCUAAGGGGGCGCCCUUGCAGCAGCCCCCAAGCGUCUCCCCCCAGGCUCCUCUUGACCUGCCCAGUUUCUCCUCUCAACCGCUUCUCAAUCUGCCCAGCUUUUCCAAGGCAGCGCCGGACCAAACAGGCUCUCUGCCUCGACUGCCGAGCCUGCCAGGGGAGUUCCCGUCGCUGCCGAGCCUGCCGGCAGAGUUCCCAACGCUGCCGAGUUUAGACUGGAAGGAAAUUGAGGAGUGCCUGGGGAAGCCAGAGGAAUCAGUGCUCACUAGCUGA